AUGCAGAGUAGCUUCAAAAUUUGUAGAUGCGCGGAAGAUCAAAAAGUGACUUAUGCUGCUACGACCUUUGUGGACUACGCAUUGCAUUGGUGGGAGACUGAGUGUGCAAUCAAAGGUGAUGAGGGCAUGGCUGCCAUGACUUGGGAGCAAAUUGAAAAGAUGAUGAUGGAUAAAUACUGCACACAAUCGGAAGUGAACAAGUUCGAAUCAGAAUUUCUGAGGUUAAAGCAAGGAUCGUUGUCAGUUCAAGAAUAUGUUAACGAGUUUCUUGAAAAAGCGAGGUUUGCCAGUUACCAGGUGGCUACCGAGGAGAGAAAGAUAGGUCGUUUCAAGGACGACCUAAGAAUCGAAAUCAAACGUUACAUGGACAUGACUAAGUCGACCACCUUCGUACAAGCAGUGGAGAUGGCAAAGGUGGCAGAGGAGAACAACGCUAGAGAGACUGGUGAUAGAAGAGAGGCAAAGAGAAGGUGGGAAGGAUCGAACAAAUUCGACAAGAAACCGAAAUSGACUCCGUCUAUGGCAAAAACACGAAACGAGGGACUCACUAUUCCCCAAUGUAACAAAUGCAACAAGAGACAUAGGGGAGAGUGCAGAGCAAGGAGCCUGACGUGCUACAAAUGCGACAAACCGGGGCACACCGCGCGAGAGUGCCCAGAAGGAAAGACUUGUUACGAAUGUGGGGCUACGGGACAUAUACGACCUGACUUCCCAAAGCGUCGGAAUAGUGUGACAUCCCACGGAAAGACAGUGAAUAACGGAUUCGGGAAGAGAGCGGAAAAUAGGAAGGAGCUACCUAAGGGACACGACCGAGCUUACAACAUGACCUUGGAGGAGUCCAGGGAAACACCCGACGUUAUUUGA